AUGCUUCGAGCUUUUCCAGCAUCUUUACACCUAAGUUACGCAUUUUCAACGCCCAACGUCCCUCGAUUCACGUUCUCUAUCAUGGAAACGACGCGUCGGGUGACCCGUUCGGCUGCCGGAGCUGAUGAAAGGAUCUCCAGCUCACCUCCAAGAAAGAAAGCGAGACUGGCUAAUAAAGGAAGUGAGAUGCAUCUCGGAAAGGCUUCUGCCGGGCUGGACGCUAUGGGCAACAAAGAACCUGGAGAUGUUCCGACGAGCACGAGCAAGACACGGAAGACGAAAGCCAAGGCUGCAGAAACAGACAAGAGCGAGUUUCUUGAACGACUAGAAACGCCAUGGAAGAUUGGAGCACACGUUUCGUCUGCCGGAGGAGUCGAGAACGCGGUAGUCAACGCGGCGAUGACAGGUGCCAAUUCUUUUGCACUCUUCCUCAAAUCUCAACGGAAAUGGACAUCGCCGCCACUCUCGGAAAGUUCGAUAUCCGAAUUCAAACGACGAAUGAAGGAGUACGGUUAUACGAGCAACUUGGUGUUGCCUCACGGAAGCUACCUCAUCAACCUAGGCAACCCGGACCUAGAAAAACGGGAGAAAUCCUUCUCAUGCUUCCUCGACGACGUCAAGAGAUGCGAAGCUCUGGGUCUUGAGUUGUACAACUUUCACCCUGGUUCGACUGUAGGAGCAGCUACCCUCGAAGAGUCUAUUACUCACAUCGCCGAUUGCAUCAACCGCGCUCACACGGAGACGAAAGGCGUGACUAUCGUCCUAGAGAAUAUGGCCGGCGCGGGCAAUAUCAUUGGCGGCGAAUUUGCCCAUCUCGGAAGCAUAAUUGAGAAGGUUGAAGACAAGAGCCGCGUUGGAGUGUGCAUGGAUACAUGUCACGCGUUCGCUGCUGGUUAUGAUAUUAGGACGAAAGAGGGCUGGGGCAAGACAAUGGCCGAAUUCGAGGAAAAGAUCGGCCUUCAAUAUCUCCGCGGAAUGCACAUCAACGACUCUAAGACAGAGCAUGGGUCGCAUAGGGAUCGACACGAGAACAUUGGAUUAGGUCACCUAACACUCCAAGCUUUCAAACACGUCGUGCGCGACCCUCGUACACAAAACAUCCCGCUCAUCCUAGAGACGCCAAGCUUCGAGAAGGCUAAAGAGGUUUGGGGCGUGGAGAUCAAUGUCUUGGGUCGCCUGGCCGGCGCUUGCUCGGGGAGCGCAGAGUCGGCGGCGCCGUCAAAGUCGGAUGCAAAUUUCACGGAUGACUCGGAGCAGGCGCUACUGUCAGCCGAAAGCCAGCGCCCGCAGCAUGAGGCGCUCGUCGAGGAAGUGAGGGCAGCUGUCAAGCUUGCAGAAGCCUGUGCAAAACCGAAGAAAGUGAAGACGAAAAAUGCGGCCAAACGGAGAAGAAAGGGCGAGCAGGAUGAUGAUGAUAAUGACGACCACGAUGAGCAGUAA